UCUCCUCUGCUCCCCUUUCGCCCCUCGCUCCCUCCCUCCCUCCUUCCCUCCGCCGGAGAGUGAGCUAUGUUGGUGCGGCAGCAGAAGCCUUUGCUCUUCUACCACUCCAUCCCCAUCUCCAUCUCCGUCCCCAUCCACCACGAGCACGGCCUUUUUCCCUGCUCCUCUGCGCUCCUAGGUUAGGAGGAGGGGCUUUUCAAAGGGGCGAGCAAAAGAGAAAGUCCUUUCAUACCCCAACAAGGCAACCCGCUGCUGCCUUUUUCUCGCUCCCCCCUCCCUCUCCCUCUCUCUCCUCUCCCCCUCCCUCUCCCCUGCUUUCUUGUUAUCUUCAGCCCAGCCAACGAGAGCGGAGCAGAGCAGGGCAGAGGGAGGCGUAGGGGAGGACCGAAACAUCGGACAGCAAGCAGGGAGGAAGGGAAGACGGCCGGCAUGUGGGAUCUCAAUGACUCGCCGGCCGCCGAGGCGGCACACGCGCCGCUGUCCCCCUCCGUCGACGACUCCGGCGCCUCCUCGUCGUCGGCCGCCGCGGUGGUCGAGAUACCCGACGACGGCGAGGACGACUCCGCUGAGGCCGUCGUCACGCGCCAGUUCUUCCCCCCGGCCGCCCCGGGCGAGGGCGCCGCCGGGAACGGCCGCGCGGCGUGGCUCCGCCUGGCCGGCGCCCCCGCGCCCGCCGUGGCCGCGGCCGCCGGAGGAGGAGGAGGAGGAGGCGGAGGCCCCGCGGCGUCGGCGGCGGCCAAGAAGAGCCGGCGCGGGCCGCGGUCGCGCAGCUCGCAGUACCGCGGCGUCACCUUCUACCGCCGGACGGGCCGGUGGGAGUCGCACAUAUGGGAUUGCGGCAAGCAGGUCUAUCUGGGAGGAUUCGACACUGCUCAUGCGGCGGCUCGGGCGUACGAUCGGGCGGCGAUCAAGUUCCGCGGCAUGGAGGCCGACAUCAACUUCAGCCUGGAGGAUUACGACGACAUCAAGCAGAUGGGCAACCUGACCAAGGAGGAGUUCGUCCACGUGCUCCGGCGGCAGAGCACGGGGUUCCCCCGGGGCAGCUCCAAGUACCGGGGCGUCACGCUCCACAAGUGCGGCAGGUGGGAGGCGCGGAUGGGCCAGUUCCUCGGCAAGAAGUACGUCUACUUGGGGCUGUUCGAUACCGAGGAGGAAGCCGCCAGGUCGUACGACCGCGCGGCCAUCAAGUGCAACGGCAAGGACGCGGUGACAAACUUCGAUCCCAGCACUUAUGCCGAGGAGUUCGAGCCCACGGCUUCGGCCGGCGACGCCGAGCAGAACCUGGACCUGUCGCUGGGGAGCUCCGCGGGGUCCAACAAGAGGGGCAGCCUCGACGGCGGCGACGACGACGGCGCGGCCGGGCCCGACCAGCGCGUCCCCAUGGCCUUCGAGCUCGACUGGCAGACGGCGGCGGCGCGGAGCACCAAGGCCAAGUUCGACCAGAGCUUGACGCAUCACCAGAUGCCCCCUCCGCUCCUGCAAGCCUCCCACAUGCCCUUCAGUCCCAGGCAUCACCAAUUCAUGGGCAACGGUGAUCCGGGGACAGCGGGAGGCCCGUCGCUGACGGUCGGCGCCGGCGGCGGGGGCGGGCACUGGCCCCUGCCUCCGCACCACCAAUACCAGCCGCCGCCGCCUCCGCAGCAGCAGCAGCAGCAGCAGCAGCAGCAGAGGCUGCAUGGCUGGGGCAACGUCGUCCCCGGCACGAGCUGGCAGCCGCCCCAGCCGCCGCCGCACCAGGCGGGGCCGCCGCCGAACAACGCUGCCGCCGCCGCAGCAGCAGCCGCAGCAUCAUCACGAUUCCCACCCUACAUCGCCACGCAGGCGCAGAGCUGGCUCCAGAAGAACGGGUUCCACUCGCUGGCCCGCCCCACCUAGGUACCCGGAGACCAUCCGUCGAGAGCAGCCAGCGCGCGCGUCCAUCCAUCCAUGAUCCAUCCAUGGCGAAGGUCGACCGACAGGUGUGUGUGUGUUCCACCGAACCAGACGAAAUCACGGAGGAACAUCAACCAUUAUUACCAGCAGAACUGAGCUGAGCUGAACUGAACUGAACUGAGCUGAACUGAAACUUGAUUUCUUUUUUCAGUUUCUUGUUUUUAUUUCCUUUGAUUGAUUGGGCGAGCGAGAUGGAUUUGAGAGGACGGAUGGCAGUCAUGUAAAUGCGGAGUUCCCAAGAAGACGAGAGAGAUUGGUCCUAGCUACUUACUAGCUUUUCACUCGGAAGUUUCAACUCAAGUGUGUGUGUGUGUGUGUGUGGGGUGGAGUAUCUUUUGGCGCUUUUGGUUCUUGGCCAAGAGCGAUGACUUGGGGUGUCCACAUCACAGCUCAUUUUGUUUGGUCUCAUGUUGCAUCACUCACUUCAUGACCAGAUUGGUUCCGGAAA